AAAUAACUUUCCCCUUCACGUAUUUUUCAGCAUGCAGUUCCUGGCUCUCUUUCUCCUUGUGGCCCCUGUGGCUUACACUCUGGCUGCCCCAGACCCCACCACCAUCUGCCUGCCAGAAAAGAGUAGCGCAUACGUCUUUAGCUUGACUGACAACCGCAAGGCAAACGUAUCUGCUGACUUCUCCCAGAACAAAGUCGCCGCAGUCUACGAUCAAGGAAGGAGAGUGUCAGAUCUGGCCACCAACUACACCUACAUGAUUGACGCAGCAGGUGCAUGCACCAGGCAGCCUCUGCCUGUACUCGGGUUCCUCACAAGAUGUCUCCCAGCAAAGGCCGUGUACCUUGGUACCGUCUUUGAGGGUUUCGUCAAAAAAGUCAGCUUGGACGGUUGGUUGAUCCCAGUGAACCAGGACACCAAUGUGACUCUGUUGACCUUCACUGAGCCUGGACAAUCGAACUCUUACUUCGUGCUGAGGAGAGAUGACUCCCCAAGGGGACAGCGAAUUACCUUCGUCAGCAACCCUGUUGCUUCCGUCGCUGACUCAAGCGUUUUCAACAUCCCUGCAGUGUGCCCAGACAGUCCCGCCGUUUAAGAAGGAAUUGCUUAGAGUUUGGAUGAUGGUUCAAUUUGUUAAUAAAUGUUGAUACAUAAUU